ACUCAAAUCAGUAUGCAAAUUCCAAUCAAUAGGAAAGUACUUACCCACAACAUAAAUUUGUUUAAUUCAAACUUUGUGUUUAAAACACCUGUUCAAUUCGGAAUCUUUAAAGAAAAUAUAAAAUUACGAGACAGUGCCUCAGAGCUGACAAAAUUCGACUGAAAAAAUGGCUCUUCCUUACUAUUAUCCACCAUCUGUUCCUCUGGGACCUGGAGUUGCUUCUAUGUCAUCUGAAAGGGUCACUCAAAUUUACCAACAACAUAACCUUCAAACAAUGGCUUAUUUACAGAACGUUCAAUAUUUUCCUCCGAUUCGUUACAAUUUUACACCAAUUCCAUUUAAACCUUAUUAUACAGCACCAAUUAAUAGUUUGUUGAAACCACCAACUUGCUACCCGGAUAACCUGCCAUUUCCUCAGACAGUUCCGAAUAUGGCUUAUCCAGUAGCACCUGUGCCGUUUAGACCUGUACAUUAUACUCCAACAGCUCCGAGCUUUCAAUCUCAGCUUAGACAAGUUGUGAAACGUGUAGCUGAAUCUGAUGCUCGAAUGAAAGCUGAAUCGAAAAGACUGAAGGCUAGUGAAAGUGAGUUUAGACCUGUAAGUUCAAAUGGAUCAUUGGACAAUAAAAGACCCUCAGAUUUGAUAGUAAUAUCUGAUGACGAAAUUCCAACACCAAUUUUGGAAUCACAAAAACCCCUCUAUGUUGGAAAUAACCCCACUGUUAUUCCAGAUCCUGCCUACGAACAACAACUUUUACAGCAACCAGGACUUGGGCAGCAGUAUAUUACGAAAAUUCGAAAACUUGUCGAAGGAUUUCCUGAGACGGUUGAAAUUAAGAAAAGUCCAUCGAACAAAUCUUCUACAAAAGAGAAAAAAGUUCGUCAAAAGUGCACCAAAACCAAAGAAACUAUUUCUAAAAAGAAGACAACUCCUGAACCUAGUGAACCAUCAAAUGAAUCAAAUUCAAUGCCAAUCACUUGGCAAAUUGAUUACAACUCACAAGACAAGGAUCAUGUGGUUUUAGGAUCAAAUGGGACAUUAAUAUCAAGAACUUUCUACGAAACUAUUCCAUGGAAUAGUUUUAAGUUGAGUACCAGAAUUUUAGUGCAGUACUAUUUUACUCCGUUUGCCUUGGCAACACAAAAGAUAAACGGGGACAAUCAAUUGGAUAAAAAUAUCAUUGAUGAUAUUGUGAAUCAUAUUAUGGUCAAAUGUGGAGUUGGAAGAGUUUCGGUUAGACAUAAAAUUGAAUGGAUAUGCGCUGAUGAGGCUCUUAAGAGAAAACAAAAGGUUGAAGAAUUAUGUUGAAAACUUUAAUUUUUAUUGUUGUAAUAUUUGACAUUUUAAUGUUAUCGUUUGAUUUUUGAAUUCGUUUCAAGAAUAUUUAAAAAAAAAGAAAUUUUUGUAAAAUUUUCCUUUAAUUAUCUAAAAAUGUAAUGAUAAUUUUUUUUUGUUAAGCAAAAAUCAAAUAAGCAAGUAUAACUCGCACAAAAAUUAUUAAUAUUCGUUAUUAAAUAAAUUAUAGUUAAUUACUGUAAGUGAUUUUAACUGAUAACUGAUUCGUAAGAUUUUUAACUACCUACAUGCUUUCAAAAAAAUAAUAUAUUUUCGUAUUGUAUAUGUGUACCUAAGUUUAAAAAUUUCGUUUUUGAUGUGUGUAAUGUAUAAAAUCACAAAUCGGUUGUUUUUUUUUAUAGAAAUGCAAUUGUUAUAAGAUAUAUAAAAUUUAAAUAUAACUUAAGUUGACUAAAUAUAUUUUGUACUUAAUAAAUUGUGGUUUACAGAAAUAUAACUGUUAUAAGCAAAAACUUAAACCUAAUAUAGGUUUUAAGAACUCUAUUAUUUAAUGAACACAAUUUCAAAAACAAUUUCAAUUUUCUGUUGUUUUUUUUUUCACAAUUGAUAGCUAUGUUGUAAUCUU